AUGCCCACCCUCCUCCAAGACAAAGUCGUCCUCGUCACCGGCGGCGCCGGCGGCCUGGGCCGCGCCAUCGUCAAAGCGUGCUCGGACAACAAAGCCAAAGUCGUCAUCUGCGACGUCAACGAAGAGCGCGUCAAGGAGACGGAAAACGACUUCGAAAAGCUCUGGCACGUGGGCCCGCUCGACAAGCUCUCGACCGCCGUCACGGACGUCUCCAACGAGACGGGCGCCGCCGCCGCGGUGGAGCACUGCAUCCGCCGCUUCGGGCGGCUGGACGUGCUCGUCAACUGCGCCGGCAUCAUGGACGGCUACGACCCGGUCGACAGCGUCGACGCCGACCUGUGGGCGCGCGUGCUCGCCGUCAACCUCACCGGCCCCGCGCUGAUGAGCAAGCACGCGGUGCGCCACUUCCUCGCCCGCGACGCCAAGGCGCAGCGGGGGUGCAGCAUCGUCAACGUGGGCGCCGCGGCCGCCGCGCGCGGCGCCGCCGCAGGUAUGUCGUCCGUCGCCCCCGUCCUGGCUGCCGCGGUCGGCGGCGUCGGCCCCGCCGGCGCGCAGGCCCUGUACCAGAACGUCGAUCCCGAGACGAGAGCUCACAUGCUGUUUACCAAAGGCGCGGCGUACACGGCGGCGAAGCACGGGCUCGUCGGCCUGACCAAGAACACGGCGGCGGCGUAUGCGAAGCGCGGCAUCCGCUGCAACGCGGUGCUGCCCGGCACCAUGGACACGAACCUCGUGACCAGCGUGCCCGCCGACUUCAACGAGGAGGGCCAGCAGGUGGCGGCGAGCUUGCAGACCAUCUUGCCCGGGCACGUGGAUGUGGAUAAGUUGGCCAGGACGAUUGUGCAUUUGGCGAGUGACAAUGCCGAGGGCAUCAACGGCGCCAUUAUUGCUGCGGAUAAUGGAUGGACUGCGUUCUAA